CGGCGCUUACGUCACUUCCAGCAACAACAGCAAACGUCAAAACUCAGGAGCGAGAAGGGGGCGGUGGCAGCAACGGCAGUGCAGAGGCUCUCGUCUCCUCUCCCUGCCCGGUGCUGCCUGAGUUCGUUCCCAGCCGGCGAGGCUCACGCACCGACUUGGCUCGUCGCGGCGGCGGUUGGGAUCGGAGCUUGGAGAGGCUCGCAGAUGGGUCAGGGGCUGUGGAGAGUGGCUAGGAACCAGCAGCUGCAACACCAAGGAUACAGUGGGCAAGGCUAUCUCACCAGAGACCCUGGUAGAAGAUUAGCUACUAACAGCAUUUCAAACACAAACCAUCGUAAACAAGCCCAAGGAGGAAUUGACAUCUACCAUCUGUUGAAAACAAGAAAAUCUAAAGAACAAGAAGGAUUCAUUAACCUGGAAAUGCUGCCCCCUGAGCUUAGUUUUACCAUUUUGUCGUAUCUGAAUGCAACUGACCUCUGCCUGGCUUCUUGUGUCUGGCAGGAUCUUGCUAAUGAUGAGCUGCUCUGGCAAGGGUUGUGCAAAUCCACUUGGGGACACUGCUCUAUAUACAAUAAAAAUCCACCUCUAGGAUUUUCUUUUAGAAGAUUGUAUAUGCAGCUGGAUGAGGGCAGUCUCACCUUUAACGCCAACCCUGAUGAGGAGCAAGAUUCUCCAAAGGACACCGUCCAUGUCAUGAAAAUGGGUAACCAAGCUCCACAGCAACAGCUCCAGAACUAUCAGUGGCUCACGGGGUGGGGGAGAGCGCCUGCACACUUUGUGGGAGUUAACUACUUUAUGUCCAAGGGUAUACUGGAUGAUUCACCAAAGGAAAUAGCUAAGUUUAUCUUUUGUACAAGAACACUAAAUUGGAAGAAACUGAGGAUCUAUCUUGAUGAAAGGAGAGAUGUUUUGGAUGACCUUGUGACACUGCACAACUUCAGAAAUCAGUUCUUGCCAAAUGCACUGAGAGAGUUUUUCAAACACAUUCAUGCCCCUGAGGAGCGUGGGGAGUAUCUUGAGACUCUUAUAACAAAGUUCUCACACAGAUUCUGUGCUUGUAAUCCUGAUUUGAUGAGAGAACUUGGCCUUAGCCCUGAUGCAGUUUAUGUACUAUGCUACUCUUUGAUUCUGCUUUCCAUUGAUCUUACCAGCCCUCAUGUGAAGAACAAAAUGUCAAAGAGAGAAUUUAUCCGAAACACACGACGUGCUGCUCAGAACAUUAGUGAAGAUUUUGUAGGGCACCUUUAUGACAACAUCUACCUUAUUGGCCAUGUGGCUGCCUAAAAGCACAAUUUGCUAGGACUAAGAAUUUGUAGUUUACAAAAACUAAAGCUACCCAAGGAGUUAAUUAUUUUGUAGAUAUGGGGGUUAUAUUAGUGCUGGUCAUUCUAACCUCUGUAUACAAUCACAAUGUGUGUUGUAUGUACUAUCUUUUUUAGCAAUUUACCAUGGGAACCGAAGGAUUUUGCAAAAAAAAACUUAAUUUUGUUUGUUUUGCACAAAACCAUGCCAUUAAUCUGACACAGCCAUUUAUGAAUGUUAAACUGACAUUACAAUCUAAAGCUGACAAGAUGGUGGAUUUGUGCAUUAGAUUUGCUUGAAAACUUUAACCAGUUCCAUUCUUUUUUAAAAUACCAUGUAACGUGUACAUAUUUAACUAAAGAGAUUUAUAAUCAUAAUUAUUUUAUUGUAAAAUAUUUUAACUAAAGUUUUUUCUUUUUCUCUCUUAAAAA